GUCAGUUUGUUUUCACACAGCGCGCAUCUCUUCACUAACCGCUCAGCCUCAUUCAUGAACUCGUUUACAAAGGAUGAAUCCCCAUGGAGGUCAGUGCACCUGCAGUGGUCAUCUCCCAACACCGAGCGUCCAUCAGACUCUGGAGGAGAUGGACUUUGAGAGAGGCAUUUGGUCAGCAGCAAUGGAUGGAGAUGUGGAGAGAGUCCGGAUGCUUAUUAAAAAAGGGACUGAUCCAAAUAUGAGGGACCAGGCAAACUACACAGCUUUGCAUUAUGCAAGUCGAGCAGGUCAUGUGUCAGUGUGUGAGCUGCUGCUGGACUGUGGGGCCUGUGUGAACGCUCAGACUCAUGGCGGGGCGACGCCGCUUCACAGAGCGGCUUACUGCGGACACCAGCGGGUGCUGAAGCUGCUGUUAGAGCGAGGAGCGGAUCCAGGCCUGACUGAUGACGAUGGAGCUACACCACUGCAUAAGGCUGCUGAGCAGAGGUGUUUUGUGGUUUGUAAACUGUUGGUGAAGCGCUUUCCAGCUUUGCGGGAUAUAAAGGAUAAAAGAUCACGGAUACCUUUCGAUCUCUGUCCAGAGGACGACAGCAAAUGGGAGUUCCUGAAGCCAGCACAAUGACCGGAUCUGUUACAGUUUGUAAGGCCUUUUCAUGAAGCAAUAUGAAGACUUUUUUUAAGAGCUGUGCCUUAUUAUUCAGUGUGUCAUAUGCAUGGAGCAAUGGAUCAUCCCUGAUGGUCACUUUUGUGAGCCUACACGAGUGAAUCCAGUGCCAGCAAGUAUGACCAGAUCAGGAAAUAAAAGACUGGGAUACUAAGGAAUGCUAA